AUGCCAUUGGAUACCACGAAAGGAAACCAUGUAAAUUCGAAGAGGCUCGAUAAAAUUGUAUAUACGGAUUACAAGAGAAUUAUAUCAUUCAGCAGGGCUUCGAAAUACUCUCACACGAACGCCAACAAAAACAUUAAAAAAGGCGUAAUGUGCCUGGUUUGUGGACGACUUUGGACCGCUUUGCAAGUAUUAUGGAGUACGUUUUAUGUGAUUUGCGGCGCUGCUCAAUUGAUGGUCGGAGUGUUUUUCCUCAUCUCCGUGCCCGACCUGCAACUCUACGGAGUUCUAAUCGAUGGAGCAUGGGUUCUAUUUUUACCGAUUGUAAUUCAUAUAGAACUUAUUAACGAUCACCUCCGAUUAUGA